AUGUAUAAAAUGGAAUAUUCUUACCUCAAUUCCUCUGCCUACGAGUCCUGUAUGGCCGGGAUGGACACCUCGAGCCUGGCUUCAGCUUACGCGGACUUCAGUUCCUGCAGCCAGGCCAGUGGCUUCCAGUAUAACCCGAUAAGGACCACUUUUGGGGCCACGUCUGGCUGCCCGUCCCUCACGCCGGGAUCCUGCAGCUUGGGAACCCUCAGGGACCACCAGAGCAGUCCGUACGCCGCAGUUCCCUACAAACUCUUCACCGACCACGGCGGCCUGAACGAGAAGCGCAAGCAGCGGCGCAUCCGCACCACGUUCACGAGCGCGCAGCUCAAGGAGCUGGAGAGGGUCUUCGCCGAGACGCACUACCCCGACAUCUACACGCGCGAGGAACUGGCGCUGAAGAUCGACCUCACCGAGGCCAGGGUCCAGGUACGGGAGGGCCGGGGAGGGGGGCGGCCCGACGCACGGCCAGGGCUGGGUGCGGACCCCAGGGCCGGUCAUAGAAACGGGAUUUGGAGCCUUGGGCGCCCGAGGGGGCGGGGAGGGACGGGCGAGCCGGGACCCGGGCUCUGGGAGAUGGGGUCCCUGCGGCAGGGUUUGCCACAAGGGCAGGGGGGUGAGAUGGGGUGGAUGAGCAAGGCCUAUUCGGAGAGAGGAGGGGUCCCGCGAGCGCCCCCGAAAAACCCCAGCGCCGGUGGCGCACGGUGCCAGCGUCCUGGCAGCCAGGAUCUCCGCAGCCUCGCGGGGGUGACUCAGUUAGAGCCGGGAGCAAAAGCUCGCUCCGCGGGGAGCCACACCGCUGCUGCGGCGGCGGCGGCGGCGGGAGGCCUGGCUGCGGCCGGGGGCCCCGGACAGGGCUGGGCUCCCGGCCCGGGCCCCAUCACCUCCAUCCCGGAUUCGCUCGGGGGCCCGUUCGCCAGCGUUUUAUCUUCUCUCCAAAGACCCAACGGUGCCAAAGCCGCCUUGGUGAAGAGCAGUAUGUUCUGA